AAGGGAAUUGACGAGACAAAGAGUAUCGUUAUCGUUCGGGGAAGAAGAGAAGAAAGAAAAGAAUGUGUGGAAACGGAUAUCGAAGGCAGACAAUGAUCGACACUUGAAAGGUGUCCUAUUCGUCGCGGGGAAGGUAGGCGGGCGGAUGUAAGGAUGCGCUUACGCAGGAAACGGUGCAUGUCCCGUCGGUGACGUUGAAAGAAAGAAAAGACAAAGUUGUAGAACGAGAAAGAGCGAGCGAGAGAAGAAAGAAAAGAGAGAAGAAGAGUGCAUAGACAGAGCGCGGAAGCACGGAUGACGCGAUGAGACUGAGCCCGAUCAUCCUGUCGUGGGCCACGGCGAGUUGGCUCGGUCCAACCGGAACUACGGCGGCCCAAUCCUCGAACGACUACGAGCUGUCCACGGAAUUCUUCCUGGUCCCCGGCGACGUAGCGAUGGACAGGAACGGGCUGGCGAGCGUGGCGAGUGUCAUCAGCGUCCCUGCCCCGAACAGGACCGUUUCGGUGCUCAAAACGCUCCCGAAGAAGGAGGCCGAGCCCGACACCCGAUCGUACCCGAGGUCCUUGCUCAGGCAACGACCCUGGGCUCUUCCUCUGGCCGCCCUCAGCGCUGCCACGAUGCUCCUCAUGGCUGGCUUCGAGGUUUUCGUACUGCUCAAGGCAAGAGUAACCGCGCCGAAUAGACGACAUUUAUUUUUGGGACAAGCUCUACUUUUAGGCCUCUUCCUACUGGCAGGACUCUCGGCGGCGGCCUCGCUCAGCCAAAACCCUCUCUCAUGCGCUGCAUUUCGAUUAGUCGGUUUGCCCGCCGCUCUCGUCUUCGCAGCCUUGCUGGUUAAAUGCGUGUUCCUGCUCUCGUUAAAUAGCGGUGUUUAUCUACCGGCGCCUUAUCAAGCACUGGUAUUGGGAUUCGCAGUACUCGUGCAGGUGGCUAUCGUCGGCCAAUGGUUUUACGGGGAGCCGCCCGUGGUGGUCCAAGUGCCACAGAGCGCAGGGCAAAACUCAACAAUGUCCUGUUGCAAGACCCCGGUUGGGCAGAUAGUCGCUUCCCUCGGGUAUCCGGGCGCGUUGCUGGUCGCGGUUGCUUGUUUGGCGGUUCGGGCGCGCGGGGUCCGCGACAACAACCGGGAGGCGGCGUUCAUCGGCCUCGCCGUCGGUCUGUCGCUUCCGAUUUGGGUGUCGAGCGCGAUCGGCUCGGUGGCAGCCUCGACGGAGAGCGACAGGGAGGCUUGGCUCGCCUACGGCCUACUGGCCACCUCCCUUCUCGUCUUCCUGACCAUGUUCCUGCCCAAGGGUCGACAGUUGGCCGCCCUCGGCCGAGAGGCGUCCGCGACGGUGAUCCGCGACCGGGACGACGCGCUCAGCUCGCUUCCUGGCAGCGGUUACUCGCCCUCCUUCUUCCACUUCAAACCGGCAGAAGCCUCUUUGAAGAGAAAGAUGCAUUACCAUAGCGGCGAUCGCGUGGCAUUAGUCUCGUCCGCUAUACCUGGAUGUACUGCUUGCAGGCAUGGUGGAAGCCCAAUAUACUCGGACGAUGUUCACAGUCCGAUGGAAACGUUCGUCUUACCACCACCAGGCAUGUACUUAAGACCAGAAGACGCGGGAAAUUUGUAUACUACUCUAUCAGCAAAUCCCAAUGUAUUUUUUCAACGAGCAGCUCAUCCCGGGAUGAUGUAUUGAUAAAUGCUUUCAAAUAAAAAUCCGUGAAUUUGACGAAAGAA